CAGGUGGCGGCGCCAUGUUCCAGGGGCAGCGUGGUUGGUUCUGCCGCAGUGUCAGUCAGGACCUGAGGCAGUUCUGGGUGGAUGAAGGCGGGAUGGUCAGCGACGCGCAGGCCGCAGACUUCCUGUUCAGCUGUGAUGCUUCGCACCCUGACACGCUGAGAAUAUAUCAGAGCCUCGAGUACACAGAAGAUAAUGCUACAGUUUUUCAUGCCUACUAUCUUGCUGCAGUAGCUAAUGCUGAAAUGAAAAAUUCAGUGGCCUUAGGCCAUUUUGUUCUUCCUCCUGCAUGUCUGCAAAAAGAAAUACGAAGAAAAAUUGGUAGUUUUAUUUGGGAACGAGAUGAAAACUUUCAGAUAGAAAAGCAUGACAGAAUGAUAUCAAGUAAAAAGGAAAACAUUAGACCAACAACAGAACACAAACAAGAACUGUCCAAAAGUGCAGAGAAUCAUUUCAUAAGGACUCCAGUUAUAGAAAAGCAGAUGUGCUUCCCUCUUCAGAGUUACCCAGUGAACAACAUGGUAACAGGUUACAUAUCAAUUGAUACCUUGGAGAAAUUCCUUGGAGAAUUACAUGACUUCAUUCCUGGAAGCUCAGGAUAUUUGGCAUAUCAUGUUCAAAAUGAAAUUAAUAUGUCUGCUAUAAAAAACAAAUUAAGAAGGAAACUAAGUUAAGCCAUACUUACUGGGUAAUAUACAUACAUACUGGGCAUAUAUAUAUAUGUAUGAUGUGUAUAAUAUAAAUGUGAAUGGAGAAAGAAUCAUUUUCUUUCUUAAUAUGUGCCCUGAGAAAACUCAGAAUCAUUUUGACUACUGAAAUUUAUGACAUAUUCACAAAUUGUGAGUUAUUGAUAUCUAAACACACUUAAAAGAACUAUGUAAAAGGCUCUUUUGAUUUUGACUUUAAUAUUGUAUUUUUUUUAGGUUCAGUAUUGAAAUGCUAGCCUUUAUGAUGCUGGUCUGGUUAUUUUGACUUAAAAUAAAUUAGGAGGCUAUACUUGAAUUGUAAAUGUUUGUUUCUGAAACAUAGUGAGUCGGGUGCCUCACAGUCCCCAUGGUAGAGCUUGAGGCUUAUGAGGAAAUGAAGCCCUUGAGAAGGUGUCUUGCCAGAGUGACUAAAUGAGGCCCAACCCAAACUGGAAUGUGACUUUCCUGAUUUUCCAGGCUGGUAUUGAUACCCUGUUUUCCUAUAUGGCCAUGCUGGAACCUCUGUGUCAGGAUCUGUGUAUCUCACUGUGUUACUCAGCCUGGCCUCUAGCUCCCAAGUAAUGUUCCCACCUCAGUGCACUCCAGAUAAGCUGUGUGCUUCUGGACCUAGCUCUUGUGUCUUACAUAAAUCUAGAGAUGUGGCAAUCUCAAGAAGGCAGUUUUUCUGGGUUUGAUGGUGCUGACCUGUGAUCCCAGGUACUUGGAUGACUGAGGCAGGAGUAUAGAAAGCUCUAGUCAGCCUUCAUAAGAAUAAUCCCUGUCUUAGAAAAAAAGUUAGAAGCCAGUUAACAAAGUACACGGCGUGUAGAAGGUCCUGUGUUCAAUCCAUGAAUGCAGAAACUUCUUUACCUAGAGUUUGGUGGCUGAUUGCUUUCUGGAGACAUAAAUGGAGUUCUUUUUGAAGAAGUCUUCUUAGACCUACUUGUUCUUCUGGCAGGUAUAGAGUUAUCCAAAGAAAAUGUAUCUUUUCCCCUUGGUGUGUGGAUUAUUUGGAUGUAUGUGAGACUUAGCUCUGCCUUUUCCCUACAACUCAAACUUCAUAACAUCAAAUUCUAACACAGUUCUCAGCCUCAGCAUUUGAGAAUUAUAUUUUUGUGUGUUUGGUAGUUUUUCCUUAUUUAUUUUUGUGUCUGUAGUUAAGUCCUUCUGAACUUAUUAAUGAAAAAAACCUAUUAAUUAUCUUUUCCUGAAACAUUAAAUAUUGUCUCUUCCUGAACACUUUAUCUUAGUCACGUUCUAUUGAUUAGGUUUUACAUAGAAACCAAGCCUAUCUGUAGAUUUAAAAUUAAUUAUUAAGAGUAUUACGUAAGUUUACACUAAGUUGUUUACACUGGGAUUAUUGUAAGAGUAUUCAGUGUUUCUCCAACAUGUACAUGAGUUAGCAUAGUAAAUAAAAAACCUCCAAC